CUUCUACCUUCUCGAACACCAAACUCCUCACCUCACCUCACCUCACCUCACACCCCAUUCCCUCUCCCAUCUGCUUCUCCUCCUCCGCCUCCUCAUCAUCAUCGGUAUGUAACCUGGCAAAGGGUUCAUGUAGCAUCGCCGGAUCAAGAUGGACAAACUGUUGAUGCUAUGGGUGGCGUCGCUUGCACUCCUUGUGACAGCGACCAUCGCCCGGACUUGGAGGACGAAGAAGACGAACAACCAACGAGCGCAGCUCCCUGCAGGCUCCCGUGGUUGGCCUCUAGUCGGCGAGACCCUCCACUUCGUGUCCUCCGCCUACUCGCCUCGCCCCGAGAGAUUCAUGGACAAGCGUAGGCUCAUGUACGGGAAGGUGUUCAGGUCUCACCUGUUCGGUAGUCCGACGAUCGUGUCCACCGACGCGGAGGUCAGCAGGCGCAUACUGCAGAGCGACGCGAGCUCCUUCGUGCCGUGGUAUCCCAAAUCCCUCACCGAACUGAUGGGGAAGUCCUCCAUCCUGUUGAUCAACGGGAACCUCCAGCGAAGAGUUCACGGCCUCAUCGGCGCCUUCUUCAAGUCCCCCGACCUCAAGGCUCAGAUCACCGGUGACAUGCAGAGGUACGUGCGGAAGUCCAUGGCCAAGUGGAAGGACCAUCAGCUCAUCCACAUCCAAGACGAGACCAAGAAUGUAGUCUUCCAAAUACUAGUUAAAGCAUUGAUAGGGCUGGAGAAAGAGAAGGAGAUGGCGUUCUUGAAGCAACAAUUCAAAGAAUUUAUUGCCGGGUUGAUGUCUUUGCCCGUGAAGCUGCCCGGAAGUAGACUCUACAGAUCGCUACAGGCAAAGAAGAGGAUGAGGAUGUUGAUAGAGAGCAUCAUCGAAGAGAAGAGGAAGAACAACUCGGGAUGCGCCCCGCGCGAUGUUGUCGACGUGUUGAUCAACGACGCCAGUGAUCAACUUACCGACGAUCUGAUAUCGGACAACAUGAUCGAUCUGAUGAUUCCGGCUGAAGAUUCCGUCCCUGUUCUUGUCACACUAGCAGUCAAGUACCUCAGCGAAUGCCCUCUUGCUCUCCAGCAUCUGCAGGAAGAGAAUACGCAGCUGAAGAAGAGGAGAUCGCUGGUAGGUGAGGAUCUGCGAUGGACAGACUACAUGUCUUUGUCCUUUACGCAAGACGUCAUAACGGAGACCCUACGUAUGGGGAACAUAAUUAGUGGGAUCAUGCGCAAGGCCGUGAAGGAUGUGGAGAUCAGGGGACACUUGAUACCCAAAGGGUGGUGCGUGCUCACGUACUUCCGGUCGGUCCACCUCGACGAGAACCACUACGGCGAGGCCUACAGGUUCGAUCCAUGGAGGUGGAAGGACAGGGACAUGAGUUCUUCUUGUAGCUUUACUCCUUUUGGAGGUGGGCAAAGGCUGUGCCCUGGGCUGGACCUGGCCAGGCUGGAGGCUGCCAUCUUUCUUCACCACUUGGUCACCAACUUCACGUGGGCGGCAGAGGAGGACCAGAUAGUGAACUUUCCCACCGUGAGACUGAAGAGGGGAUUGCCCAUCAGGGUAAGGAGGAAGAGCUGAUUAUACCACACAUCAACAGGAGCAUGAUGAACUCAGGAGGAGGAGAAGAGGAAAGGGAAACACGGUCGCAGGAGGAUCACAACGCCCAACAAGAGAAAUAAAUGUGGUGAAUGCGAUGAGGUCUGAGACUUUGACCAGUGAAAGCUGGUUUGGGAUGUUGUGGGGGGUGGGGGGGUUGCGUAUGCAGGGCCUAGAGAAGGUUGCCAAAGCUAGCAUAGCUUCAUCGGCAAUUCCAACUCUUGGCUUGUGCUGCCGCAUGCUGCUGACAAAGUGGGAGUGGAGAGGACACCGAAGUGGGGUUGCUUUCAUGCACUGGGGACCGUAGCAAGGACUCUCUUCCAUCUUGGUGUGGCUUAGCUUCGAGGAGAGGUCCAAAGGCUUCCAUGGUCUCAAGAUGCAAGCAGUGUCUCCUCCGAGACCACUGGUGUCUUCCCAUCGUUUCCCUAUCAGGUCUAGGCAUACUGCACCAAAUGUGACAAGGGAGAGUGGGCUCCACGGUGAGAUGUAGUAGAAUACAACAAGAUACAUAGAUCCUCUGAUACUUGCAGCAGCCUCACCAAGAUCUGGUGGGAUUUGUAAUGACUCUCCUGAAAACUAAAGUUCAUACACCACAUAUAUGGGACUUUUUGGA